AACCCGUAUGUGGGCUAAUUUUCUCUUUAACGGGACGAAUGUUCCUCCGUGAAAUUGCAACGACAAAUCGUUUUCUACUUUUCUCUUCUUUUUGAAUUGCCAAACGAUAACUCUGGUUCCUGGUCGCGUCUGAUUGCGAAAGUAUCUCAAGCCUAGCAACCAGGUAAUUCAUCGAAGUAAGAAUCGAAAAAGAUGGCAGAAAUAAGUAUGGGUGUGCUCAUAGACAUCGUGGACGAGGAUUGGAUGAGAGACUCUUUGCCUGAUGAUGAUCUCCCAUUACCUCCUGUGCUCGCUGUUCGAACAGAUGAUGCUGAAGAUUCGAAUCAGGAGACUCAACAAGUUGGUGGAGGAGAUACUUGGCAUGAUCCUGCAUUAGGAAAUCAGUGAACAAUUCUGGCAGUAUUGGAGUGUAAUUCUGUUCUGUUGUUAAAGAAUUGGCUGUCGGACUUGCUUGUAUGGUUAUUGACUUAUUGUGAAUGUUUUUAUUUUAUUUAAACUGAACUGUUAUGUAUUAUGUAAUGGAGUUGAAGCGUCCUGCUGGAUAUCAUGAACUCAUAAACUUAAGCUUUGUUUGAAUCAAAUUAUUGUCUUUGCAGUA